GUUCAAGGUUGCAUCAUAGAAUUUCUGCAUUCGUUGCAUUCACGUUCGUUUUAUUCCAUGUAGUAGGGAAAUUUAAAAUCCGUCUGUUGGUUAUGCUUUAAAACUGACACUGUUUUGAAUUUGGUUUGGCAUUUAACGAAUGUCGGCAUAGUUGAUAACGGACAAGUUGUUAGUUUUUAAAUAAUAUACAUUUGGCUCUUAAAAUGGAUUCCAAAUCAAAAUUACCUAAACCAAGUAGGCUAAGACAACCCAUAUUUUCUAAUCCCAGCACUGCCAAUAAUGAACCAAAGCCAGCUGUAUCUAGACCUCCACAGGCAGUAAUUAGGGUUCCACCUCCAACAGUUCAGCCCAGAAAAUUUAUGAGAAGAUCUAAGUCUCUGGCAGAUUUGCGUCCAAAUACAAUUACAAACUUUUCUGUGACAGCAUCUUCUACUUCUAAAGCUGGAGUCAAACGACCACCAGCUACAACAACUAGCAAAAUAGAUACAGGGACAAAACCUAAAGUGGUGAAACAGGUGAAAAUUCCUGAUUGGGAUUAUAAAAGCAGAUUUUUAAAUUUACAAGAAAAGCACACUAAGUUACUGGAAGUUCACAAGAAAGUUAAAGACCAAGCAGCAGGCAUUGAAGAACUAGAAGAUCAACACAAUGCAUUAAUAAGUGACCAUGAAACUCUUAAAAAAGCUCAUGAAAAAUUAACAUUACUAGCUGAAGACCAAGCGGCUCAACUUAAGUACCUAAAACAAGUUGAAAUAGAAUUAAAUGAAUUAAAGGGUCCCUACAAUGAUCUUAAAAUUAAACAUGCUGAAAUGACUUCUGAUUUGGAACAGUUCACAAUGGAAAACAAUGAUUUAAAGCAAACAGUUAAUGAAUUAACCAGUCAACUAGCCCAUUUGAAAGAUGAUUUCAUUAAAAAAGAAGUCUUAAGACGAAAACUUCACAAUGUAAUUCAAGAUUUGAAGGGAAAUAUCAGAGUGUUUUGUAGGGUAAGACCCCCAAUUAAUGAAUUAGAGCAAGAAAGGCUUAAAUGUUUGAUACAAUAUCCUGAUGAAAAUUCCAUAGAGAUAUUUAAAAACGCUAAUUCACUAAAUAGUAAACAAGAAUUUUCGUUUCACUAUGUUUUCAAUGAGGAUUCUACCCAAACUGAAUUUUUUGAAGAGUUAUCACAGUUUGUGCAAUCAGCAAUUGAUGGAUACCACGUCUGUGUUUUUGCUUAUGGUCAAACUGGGUCUGGUAAGACCUACACAAUGCAGGGUUUAGAUAUGCCAGAACAUAUGGGAAUGAUUCCAAGAACUGUAAAUUUAAUUUUUGAGACGAUAGACAACCUUAGCCAAUCUAACUGGGAAUAUGAAGUAAGAGUAAGCUUUUUGGAAAUCUACAAUGAAAAUGUUAAAGAUUUAUUAGACCGUAACGCGAAUCUCGACAUUUGUUUCAACGAAGGAAAAGGAACUACUGUAACAAAUUUAAAAAUUGAAUCCAUUUAUUCAUACAAAGACUUUGAAAAGUUCAUGAAAAUUGCGCAAAAGAAUAGAAUGGUUGCUGCUACCGACUUUAACGAGCAUAGUUCGAGGUCUCAUGCUAUAACAAAGAUAUACAUAAAUGGAAGACAUGCGGAUUCGAAAGAGUACUAUACCGGUUCGGUAAAUUUAGUGGAUUUGGCCGGGUCUGAAUCAGCUAAAACAAGCCAUGGCGAUAGAUUGGUGGAAACCAAGUCUAUAAACAAAAGUUUAUCAACUCUAGGUAGUGUAAUGCUUGCUUUACACAACAAAGAUAAACAUAUACCUUACCGUAACUCUAAAUUGACUUAUUUGUUGCAAUCAUGCUUAGGUGGUAAUUCUAAAACUAUGAUGAUCGUCAAUAUUUCGCCGUUUGAAGAAAAUUAUGGAGAAAGUAUUAGCUCUUUACGAUUUGCCUCUACUGUUAAGGAAGUAAAAACUAAAAUUAAAAGAAAUAAAGCUAUUAUGCCUCUUUCUGCAAUAAACACAAGCAAUAAUAAUUAAGUUGAUGGAACUGAAUAUGCAGGUUAUUUAGAUUUAAAAUUAAGGAAAUUCGAAUUAAUGCAGGUGCAAAUAUUAGUUUAUACAGUAUGUGCUAUAAAGUUGGAUACAUAUGAGAAUUUUUUAAUAUUACGAUUUGAAAAAAAUGUAGGGCAAUCACCUCUGCUUAAAAUAGUUCAUAUAAAAGUUGGCUACUGACGUUCAAAAAUGACCUUUGUUAAAUAUGAAAAAAAGUUAUUAAAGAAACUUGUUUCUAAUGACAUUUUACGUCAAGAAACCGGUUUUGUACGAGAUGUUUUGAUUUUAAGAAAAUUUUAGUUCUUAAUAUUUUUUGUAACUAACAAUUUUGGGAAAAGAUUAAAAGGGAUGAGAAGACAAUUCCAUACCCAUUUUCUCUAAUAACUUUUCAUAUUUCAGAAAAAAACAAUUUUUAAACGAUUUUUCCAAAAAAAUUGCGAAUUUGAUAGAUAAGUAAUGUCAGUAGUCAACUUUGAUAUGGACAAUGAUAAGUUUUUAAAUAAGCCCUACUUUUUUUUUUUCAAUAGUAAUAUUAAAAAACUAAUCUCAAAUGGAUCCAACUUUAUGGCACACACUGUACAUGUGUCUCCCAUAUAUCAUAGCUUGGGAUCUCGUAAAAGGUUAAAUAUCCAGCUUUGAAGGAGAUAAUAAAAUUGUUUCGUUUUUAGUUUAGGCAGAGCCAUUCUCAGGUUAAUUAUUUUAAAUAUGCAGGUAUGGAAAUCUUAAUGCAGAUCCUCUAUUUUGCAAUGCGUAAAAUAACUGAAGACCGCUGAGCAGCGCAUUACCUAUUUUGUUGCUUGGCGCACAGUAUGUAUGACUACCACCUCACUCCCACUUACGGUUUCUAAUGGAUUUGUCUUAUAUGGUCCACGUUUAAAUUUCCGUACAUGUAGACCUGAAAUUUAAAGUUGAUUUUUGAAUAAUUUUGUCACCUUUUGUAUAUUAAACGCUUUAUGACAUCUAAAUGAUCUGAAUCCUAAUGUAGGACAAAUUGUAUGUAUAAGAAUUGCUUAUAAAUAAUUUAUAUAGUCAAGCCAAGAGUUUAAUUAAAUUGGUUAUAUGAUAUUCAUAUAUUCAGUUUAGGUACUCAUUUUAAUUUUUAUUUCAUAAUCAUAUUGUGGCAUUUUGUACACCCUUUGGAGCUUUAAUAAGAGUAUUUCAUUCUUCUUUGGUAUUUGGAGUCUGUUCUGUAUAUACAUAUUAUAUUUUGUUUUAUAAUUAUGACUAAUUUUAUUGGCGUGUCUGUGCCAAUAGGAAAAAUUGAGUUUCUUAAAUUAGGGUUGCUGUUCUGACUUUGAUAAAUUAAUAAACGUUCCUGAAAUGUUUUAUGAUAGAUAGCAUAAAUAAUAUUGUUUUUUUCUAAUUUGGAGAACAUUUCAGGUAUAAAUGUAUCCUUGUAACUCUUAAUAAUGAGAACACCCACAAAUUGGUUUUCAUAAUUGGACCAAAAUUGUUAAAAAAGUUGUGUUCAGUUUGCACUUGUUUAUCCAAAAAUAGUAUAAAAAUAGUUAUUUAUUCUUAAAAUUCAUAUUGAGUGUUUUUAGAGUGUAUUACUGUUACUAAUGAGUGUAUUUUACGAUUAAAUUGAAUGUAUUGUACAGUUUAUCGUAAUUUAAUAAAUACUAAACCAAAG